UAAAUCGAUGAUUCUUUCAGAUCUGUUUCCUCUCUUUGAGGCAGUAUCCAUUUAGUCCUUCGGACUAUUGUAAUGAUGGGGUUGUUUGGGAAAAAGAAGGAUCCUAAGGAGCAAGUUAGGGAAAUGCAGAGGAAGAUGCGACAAGAAAUGCGAGCGUUGGACAGGCAAAUAUACGGCAUUCAAAGAGAGGAGCAGAAGGUUACGAGAGAGAUCAAAGAAGCAGCGAAAAAAGGUGAUCGCGAUGUUUGCGUUGUAUUGGCGAAGUCUUUAAUUCAGUCUCGAAAGGCCGUUGCAAAAAUUCAUGUGUCCAAAGCUCAGAUUAACUCUGUUAUAAUGUGUAUGCAAGAGCAACUCUCAACGAUGCGAAUGGCUGGAACACUCCAAAAAUCGACUCAAGUUCUGCAAGCGAUGCAAAGUUUAGUGAAGGUGCCAGAAAUCAUGAGAACCAUGCGGGAGAUGUCUCAAGAAAUGAUGAAACUCGGAAUCAUAGAUGAAAUGAUUGAAGAAACCAUGGAAACUGUGGAGCCAGCCGAUCUCGAGGAGGCAGCACAGGAAGAAGUAGAUCGCAUCCUUUGGGAAGUAACAGCUGGUGAACUUGGUAAAGCUCCAGCUGCCGCCACUGGAGAACUCUCCGGUGAACAACUCUACAUGGCAAAAUUCUACGCUGUUGCUCAUGGGUUCGAACGUGGAAUCUUUGAGAAUUGGGACGAAGUAAAGAAGCAGAUAGACGACUUUCCACAAGCUGUCUACAAGAAAUUUUCCAAACGUGAGGAAGCCGAAGAGUAUAUGAAAGCACGUGAGAUAAAGAAAGUCGAAUUAGCUGUUCCUGAACCUAAUCUGGAAAAAUAUUAUGCGGUUGCUCGUGGCUAUUCAGUUGGCGUCUUCACUAAUUACGAGGAUGUCAAGAAAUACAUAGAAAAUUAUCCACAACCACUUUAUAAGAAGUUCGACAAGUUAGACGAUGCGCUUGCCUAUUUCAACAAAUUUUUCCAUGGAAAAGAAAAACAGGCCGAUGAUAAAGGCAAGGAAGAAAAGCAGAAAGAGGAAACUUCCAAGGAAAAGAAAGAGGGUGAAAGUGCGAAAAGUAAGCCAAAAGAGGAGUCGUCAAAAGACGCUAAGGCCACUGAUGAUGGGGCGAAAAAAGAUGCCGGCAAAGAGGAAAAAGCCACGACAUACUACGCAGUUGCGAGAGGGCAUUCUACUGGAGUUUUCACAUCGUGGGACGAAUGUAAAAAGCAAACGACAAAUUUCAAAGGUGCUAAAUUCAAGAAGUUUGAUAAUGAAGAGGAGGCGAAAAUGUUCGCCGAAGGCAAAACGCUGAAGCAGAUAGAGGAAGCCAUGGCUGGUCGUAAACGAAACGCUGAGGCAUCUACUGCCAAAGAAGAACCGGAACCGGAAAAGAAAGUGAAGAAGUGA